CAACACGUGAUGCAGCCGCUUAUCAGCUUUAGGGAGCAGCGCUGCUUCGGAACGCGUGUGGAAGACGGACCUAAAAAAAAAGAAGAAAAAAAAAAACAGCUACAAAGUGACUUUUCUACUCGAUCUUCGUCAGGAACGUCGACGGAUUUCUGUCUUUUGAGCGUUUAAGGAGGAAAGCAAUGCAGCAGGGUUAAUCGACGAACUUUGCACAUCCUCUAAAAACGCCAUUUUGGGCGCUGCUCUCCGGAACGAGUUUGCAGUGGGAGGUUUUUUUCUCCCCCCUUUCGUUCUCUCCAAAGUCCAUCAUCUGCUUUUCACCAUCAUCACGGAGCGCAACAGGCUGGCCGGCCCGGAGCUACUCCGCCCCAUGGAGAGUGCCUUACCCGAGAAGAGGUGUGUUGAAGAUGGCAAAGCCUCUGAGGAGCAAGAGGAGCUUUCCACACCGAUGGAAGAGAAGCCACAGGGUGACCCGGGCAGUCCCGUAGCUGCGGGAAAAGAGAACGGAACUGAGGAAGAGCAAGAGAAGAACGGAGCCGAGCAGAAGGACGAAGAUGAUGGAGAGGAAGACAGAGAGUCCAGUGCCAACUCUACGACACAUACUGAAACAAACACCGGCCAAAUGAACGGCGACGCAGACGACGCUGCCUCGAAUGCGUCCUCUAAAACCCCUAGCAAAUCUCCCUCUGCUAACCGCACCGGCAGAAGGAACCAGGAAGUGAAAGAUCGAAAUUCCUUCAUCUGCCCGCUGUGUGAUAAGAACUGCCAGACGCAGCACCACCUCACUAUGCAUAUACGACAGCAUAACACAGAGAUCGGAGGGAACGACCACUCGUGUAGCAUCUGCGGAAAGGCGCUGAGCUCAGCCAGCUCUCUGGAUCGCCACAUGCUGGUCCACAGUGGAGAGAGACCCUACAAAUGUUCAGUGUGUGGUCAGACCUUCACCACCAAUGGAAACAUGCACAGGCACAUGAAAAUUCAUGACAAGGGCCCAAAUGGUGUCCCAGCCUCGCGUCCUGUUUCCCCAAGCAAGCGCCGCAAACCCCCCAAGAGAAAACUAAGUAUAGAGGAUGAUGGAGAGAAAACCAAUGAACCACCCAAUAAAAAGGUAUUUGUAGUACACGAAUCUGCGGAGCAAAGCCCUGCCAAGCGGGAAGAAGACCUGUUACACUGUCCAAUCUGCUUCAAGACAUUCAUCUGUAAAUAUGGUUUGGAGUCACAUAUGGAGACACAUCCUGACACUGCACUCAAGUGUAAUCUGUGUUGUAUCACUUUCCGUACGCAUCGAGGCCUCCUUCGUCAUAAUUCCGUUAUUCAUAAGCAGCUGCCCACAGAUCCCAACGGACGACCAUUUAUCCAGAGCAACCCUUCCAUACCUCUGGGCUUCAGUGAUCUGUCCUUCAUUGACUUUUCUUGCAGCAAGUUCCCCCAAAUCGCGCAGGUCUGGUGUGAGACAAAUUUGCGACGUUGCUCUAGCAAAUUUCAUAGGUUUAUUUGCGAAGUAUGCAACAAGGCCUUUCCUCUCCAAGUGUCUCUAGAUCUCCACAUAAUCUCUCACAAAGAUAAUGUUGCCGAAGCCGAGAAACAGGAAAAUGACACUAUUUCAGAUACAUCCAAAGAUUCUGGAGAUUCCAAAGAGAUGGGUGAAUCAGUACCCCAGGAGGUCAGCGUAACAUUAAAUGGGAAGAAUGAUUUCAUGGAGUGCCUCGGUCUUCAGCAUUCUUCACUUGCUAAGCCUAAACAAACUGAGGUGGAGAAACAGCAAGAAAUUUUAGACAGCAUUCGUUUUAUUCGUGUUGAGCCCUCUGCAACAAAUCUACCUCAGGAGACCAAUAGUAGUCUUGGCCUCUGUCUUCUAGAUCCUGUCUCUCUUCAAGGCUUGAAUAAGGUCAAUGGUCUCAGCCUCCUUUCACUUCAGGGUGGAUUGGUUGUCCGGCCUGUCAGUCAAACAGGAGUGGAACUUGCUGACAUCCAGCAGAUCCUGAAGAUGGCUGCUGCUAUGCCAUCUCAGAUGACUUUGCCACUGCUUCCAAAAGGUGCAGAAGGUCUUCUUCAGGCAGCACCCAAACAAGUUACUCCUCUCAAACCCAAACCACUGGUGACUCCACGAUCUAGCAUGGGAACAUCCACGCCACCUCCGCCAGUCAUGAGUGCCCAGCAAGCCUCCUCGGGUUGUAUCAGCCCCAGCUUGCCACCCCAUGCAGUCCAAAUUCUUACUUCCAAAGAGUCGUCAAAUACCCCAUCUUCCUCAACGUCUUCCUCGCCUAUAAAUUGGGAGAAUACACAUCGAGAUGGCACAGGACCAACGAUAAUAACUACUAUGGACAUUAAGCAAGAAGAUGUCCAAGGAAAAGAGAAAGAUGUAAGAACCUCAGGUGGCAAAAAGAUCCCAAAGACAGAAUAUCCGUGUCGAUUCUGUACGCAAGUGUUCUCCUUCCCAGGAGGCCUCCAGGCUCAUAUGCGAGCUCAUCAUUAUGGAUCUUCUCCAUACAAGUGUAGCAUCUGCACCUAUACUGCUCCAGACAAUGCCACGUUAAUGCGGCAUUUACGAACACACAGCGGAGAACGACCCUAUGUCUGCCGCCUCUGUCACUACCCUUUUACAGUCAAGGCCAACUGUGAGCGUCAUUUGCGCAAGAAGCACAUGAAAAACACUCGCAAGGAGAUUGAGAAAAACAUUGAGUACAUUACCUCAACCUCAAGUUCAAGCAGUUUAGUUGGUGGUACCACACAGGACCUUGUGGAUUCAACUAAUGUUGGUAACACAUCCUGUCGUUACUGUGGAGAAGACCUUAAGACCUACAGGGCUCUACAGAUUCAUCUCAGAACUCUCAAUGGCUGUCAGAGGAAACCAUUCGAAUGUCGUCAGUGUGGCGCAGCCUUCCUUGCCAAAAGGAAUUGCAUUCAUCACUUACUUAAGCAACACUCAGAAGUCCAAGAGAGGGAAAUUGAAGAUCAUAUAAAUACUCUUGUUCCUGUCACAGCUCCUUCUCCUGUCCAGACCAACUCUACUGCUCAGUCUCAGUCAGGAAAUCAGAAUCUAACUACUUUCUCAGAAGCUGCAGUUCAAGACCAGCCUUUGGAUUUUUCCAGCAAAACCUUGAAAACUAUUCAUCCUGAUAAAAAAUCAGAUGCAGCUUCUCCCUCUCUGUCAAAUGACUGCCCCAUGGAGCCUAUUGAUCUGUCUAUUCGCAAGCAUCCAGAAGGAAAGAAAAUAAAGACAGAACAAGUUGAUACAACCUCUUUGUAUCGCCAGGAUGUCAAGAAAGAGCUUCCUUCCCCAAGUACAGGCAAGUUAUUAGGAAAGGUUUCGGGUGUCCAUGCAUCCCUUCCAGCAUCUAUGUCUAGCCUUACCUCUACGCUGACAAGUGACAUGACCAAGCCACGCCUAAAGCCACUGCUGCCGAAACCAGUUGCUGCCUCCAACACUUCAGAAAUGCCACCUCUUGCCUCCAUUGCCCAAAUCAUCUCCUCCGUGUCAGCUGCCCCAGUGCUUCUAAAAACAGGAAUAAGCUCUGAGAAAAGUGAUGGAGUGGUUGGUGGUGAAACACUAAAUGAUAAAAAGUGUUCCAAUGGCACAACUAGUCCUGGCUCUUCUUUCAGUUGUCCGUCUAUUGAUGCAUCAAAGAGGAGAGGCAAGAAGAGGCCAUUCAAGGAUGAGAGAUGCGAUUCUACUCUUGCACCAAUUAGUGGGUUUGACUUGGAGUCUAGUGGAGAGUUACCAAGCGUGGAGAAAAUGCUGGCCACUACUGAUGCCAAUAAAUUUAGCUCUUACUUACAGCUACGGCAAAUGGAGCCAGAAAAAGAGAAACAGUCUGCAAGUGAAGAAGAGAAAGAAGGAAAGGAAUUCAAAGAGAGGGUUCGACCACGAAGCAAAGGGAAGAAGAAUGCCUACUCAAACUCUGUGCAGAAGAUGAAAUGUCCAUACUGUCCUCGGGUGUUCCCUUGGACCAGUUCUUUACAGAGGCACAUGCUAACACAUACAGGUCAAAAGCCAUUCCCUUGUCCUCAGUGUGAUGCGUUGUUCUCCACCAAGUCCAACUGCGAGCGCCAUCUUCUUCGUAAACAUGGCUUAUCCAGUCGCAGCACCCUGCAGAACCCUGGGUCACACCCAAAAACCAAGGCCGAUGAGGGGUCACAGGAAAGUACAGACGGUGUUUCUGAUGCUGAGCCUGCUGUCAUGGUAGAUGACGUUGAUCCCAAAACAGAGGACAAAACAAUAACCGAUGACAUGGAGUUGACAGAGCAGGAUAAAGACAUAACCACAGAAUCACCAGAGUUGAAGAAAGAUCUAAAAAGAUCACAAUCUGUUGAGAGCAUUCACAUGAACAACAAUGAGAGCAAUGAUGACUCUCAGAGCAACAAGAGCCUUGACAUGAAUGUUGCAGAAAACAAAAUGUCAGAAACUGAGCAGGAGCAGCCAGAGGCUGCAGAACCUGCAGUUGAACCAGAGAGUCCACCAUCAGAGGAAUUUCCACAUACAUGCAGUACCUGUAAAAAGACCUUCCGGCAUGCGGCUACCCUCAGCCGUCAUCAGAAGAUUCAUUUGCAGGACAACCAUAAUGAAGAUGGAGAACGGAAAGGAAGAAAUCAACCUGCGGUAUCCAGUCAGUCUAUCAGUGACACCAGCGCUUUGCCAAUAAAGGAAGGUGAUCAGGACAUGAGUGAGGCUGAGAAGGAGGAGAACAGCAGCGUUGUGGAAAGUGGUGCUGAGGAAGAGGAGAAGGAGGGACAGAAAGAGGAGAAAAACGAUGAGGAAGACGGUGGCUCUUCCGAGCUUGAAUCACCAGGAAGUAGACCUGACAAGAGGAAGAAGAUCUGCAAUGUGUGCAGCAAACGUUUUUGGAGCCUGCAAGACUUGACCAGACAUAUGCGUUCACAUACUGGAGAAAGACCUUAUCAGUGCCAAACAUGUGACCGGACCUUCACUUUGAAACACAGCUUGGUGAGGCACCAGCGCAUUCAUCAGAAAACCCCAGAUGACCGAGGAAAAGAUGAGGCUGAUGGAGCAAGAGAUGAUAGCGCCGUGGAUGGGGAAGAUCUACGGUGUUCUUCUGGAAGUGAGAGCGAGACUGCACCUGCUGAGUACAAGACAUCCGAGACAAAGACCAGCAAACAAGCAGAGGAAGCCAUAGAGAUGGUGGACGAUAGCGAGGUUAAAGAAGAGGACGUUUCCGCAGCAGAGUCUUCCAAAAAACUUCAAACAAAGGAGCUCAUUGAAUCGGAUACUAAGGCCCCAGAACCAGAAGAUGCAGCAGAUCCCAGUCUUAAGGAUAACCAGGGAGCUCUAGACAAGCCAGUUGUCUAAGACAUGUUGAUUCUGUUCACUCUGUGCCAUACUUCCAUGAUUACAAACACUAAAAGACGAUGAGUCUGACGUCUUUAUGCAGACUUUACAUAAUGCGUGCAAAAUGCAAAACUGGAAACUUUCUCUCAAUGCCUUAAUGAUUCUUUUCUUCCCCCAGAGAUUUGGAUCCACUGCACAGUAUCAUUUUUAAUCAAAUGUGUAUGAUUGUGUGUGUGUGUGUGUUUUCUUUUUGUUUGUUUGUUUGUUUGGUUUUUUUUUUAAAUAAUUCUAUAAUCCUUAUAUCAAAAUAAGUUAGUGUUUUGUAUGAUAAGUCAAUGAUUUAUAUUAACACCGUCAUAUGUAUUAUUCUUAAGUCAAUUCCACUUUGUUUUUAAUCUUCUGGAUGAGUUUUGCUCAAGUGCCUAAGAGCAAAUCUCUCUGAACCUUUGUUCUGAAUAGGAUUCUUUAGGUUUUGGAGGUGUCCUCGGUUCACUCAGUGGCCUAGAAUACUUUUGGUUAUCAGUUUGGGUGAUCAUUAGUCAAUGUUUCUUGGCAAUAUUUGCCAGUUUUUGUACAUUUUCUUCUCUAUCGAAGCUCACUGAUAAACGAUGCUCUUCGGCCUUGUGGUGUGUUUAACAUAGAACGUAAUUCGUGGUUGAGACAGCGCCCCCUGGUGGUUUGGGGUGUAAAGCCUGACAUUCAGACACUGCCUUUAGGCAAAAGCUUGUAUUAAGGACACUUGAUUUAAGAAUUUAAGAAAACGGAUCCUCACGAUCUGCUUCGAUGCACUCGAAAGAUCCAUUGGACAUUUUGGUCCGUUGUCUUUCAGACUUGAGCACAAAUUGAAAUCAAGCCAAGGUUUUACAAACAAUGCAUCAGACAGCAGUGUGCUUUGCAGUACAUAUUGCAUUUAAUCCCAAUAUGAAUCAGAGUCUAUUAUAUGUUUUAGCGCAGUGAUGUUUGUGCUGUGGGUUUUAUACUUGAAAUCGCCCUGCUGUUUGCCUCAACUUAUACAACUGUGCUGUUCACACUGCCUCCUACUCUUAAUAUCCGUCUCUUUAGUACCUCUGCAGUUAGCCAAUCUAACCUCAUAAACCUCUAAUUAGCUGAAUGAAGUUUAUCUUUAAGAUCAACAAUGGAAUGCUGCAUUUCAGAGCCAAAAACUAUGCAACAAAUGGAUAAUCGGUUACACAACGUAUCGCAAUAUCGGUAUGUGGGUAAUAUCCUAUGCUGCCUCAGUAAAAAGAAGGCAGAGAAUUUUUGCAGCAAAUGUGCCUCUGUUUAUAAAGGGCCAUUUUAUUUUUAACAUAACUUAUCAUAACAUGCCUUCUAAAUGAACAACAACACAGUUCAAUUUCUUUACAUCUUAAACCCUUUGUAGGCCAAACUGUUCGGUUCCUUUCACAAACUGGGCUUCGACGAACAGGUUUGGUGAACUUGCGGAAAAACAAAUCAUUUUUUUCUACUAUGGUGUGUUUGAGAAAUGUGUGCGCUUGCUUGUAGUGUAUAGUGUGUAUGCGCAGGUCUAUCAAAGAUAAGGAAAACACACUGAAUAUUUUAUGUAUUUAUUGAUACGAGUGCUCGGAGCUAACAUGGACUCCCAUAUGAACGCCGAGGUGAAUCAGAAACAAUGACUGUAGCGCUGAACAAUCUUGAAGUUCUUUAUAUUAUCACUUAUUUUAUGGUUAUGAUUAUGACGCCUUGAGCUAUUUGCCAUAGAUUAUUUUAUUAAUGUCUUUUUUGUUUGUUUGCAUUAAAGCAGUUAAAUCAAUCCCCACCAAUACACACGUGCAUUAACUAAAUAUAUAAUUAUUAUUCAAGCCCGAGCUUGAAUAGCAGUAGAGUAGUGAUUUUUGCAUGUCUGAUUAAAAUGGGUGGUUACCAAUUCUUCUCUUUCUCAGGGUCUCUUCAAAUUAUGCAUACUUAAAUCAUCUGCUUUGUGAAAAAAAAAAAAAAUUCUCAUUUCUGCAGCAGGCUAGAGCGAUCACUACAGUUACAUCAUAUGGAAAUGAAUGUGAAUUCACCUCAAUGUUCAUCAUCAUCAUCAUCCUCGUCCUCUGUAAUUCUGCUUGUAUCGCCGAUUUGUUUUGAUCACUGUAAAAACAAAUGCAUUUGUUAAAGGGAUUGCUUACGUUUGUCUCUCCUGUCCAGUUUUAGAAAAGUUCUUAUUGUUGAUUUUUGUUUUGUUUCUGUACACGAGUACUCGACCCUAUUUGAACUCAUUCAAGCAAUAAACAUACACUAAGAAAGAGUGAGAAAUUAAUCAAAGCUCUGUUUAUUCAUUCUUUAGGCUUAGUUUAGCUUGUAAUAAGGAUGUGUAUUUUCGUCUAUAUGCACCAGAGUAUGACCUUUAUUUUUUUCUUCUUUUUUUUUUUGCAUUAAAUGGAGUCAUGAUAAUAAUAAAGUGCUACAGAAAAGAACA